AUGCGCCUCUCCAAAACCCUUGUCGACAUGGACAUGGCCGAUUACAGUGCCGCGCUGGACCCAGCCUACACCACCCUGGAGUUUGAGAAUGUGCAGGUGUUGACGAUGGGCAAUGACACAUCCCCCUCAGAGGGUGCCAACCUCAACGCACCCAACAGCCUGGGAGUCAGCGCCCUGUGUGCCAUCUGCGGGGACCGGGCCACGGGCAAACACUACGGUGCUUCGAGCUGUGACGGCUGCAAGGGCUUCUUCCGGAGAAGCGUGAGGAAGAACCACAUGUACUCUUGCAGGUUUAGCCGGCAGUGUGUGGUGGACAAAGACAAGAGGAACCAGUGCCGCUACUGCAGGCUCAAGAAGUGCUUCCGGGCUGGCAUGAAGAAGGAAGCUGUCCAGAAUGAACGGGACCGGAUCAGCACUCGCCGGUCCAGCUAUGAGGACAGCAGCCUGCCCUCCAUCAACGCGCUCCUGCAGGCCGAGGUCCUGUCCCAGCAGAUCACCUCCCCUGUCUCUGGAAUCAACGGCGACAUUCGGGCGAAGAAGAUCGCCAGCAUCGCGGAUGUGUGUGAGUCCAUGAAAGAGCAGCUGCUGGUGCUCGUCGAGUGGGCCAAGUAUAUCCCAGCCUUCUGUGAGCUCCCCCUGGAUGACCAGGUGGCCCUGCUCAGAGCCCACGCCGGCGAGCACCUGCUGCUCGGAGCCACCAAGCGCUCCAUGGUGUUCAAGGAUGUUCUGCUUCUAGGCAAUGACUACAUCGUCCCUCGGCACUGCCCGGAGCUGGCGGAGAUGAGUCGGGUGUCCGUGCGUAUCCUCGAUGAGUUGGUGCUGCCCUUUCAAGAGCUUCAGAUUGAUGACAACGAGUACGCCUGCCUCAAAGCCAUCAUCUUCUUUGACCCAGAUGCCAAGGGGCUGAGUGACCCAGGCAAGAUCAAGAGGCUGCGUUCCCAGGUGCAGGUGAGCCUGGAAGACUACAUCAACGACCGCCAGUACGACUCGCGCGGCCGCUUCGGCGAGCUGCUGCUGCUGCUGCCCACCCUGCAGAGCAUCACCUGGCAGAUGAUCGAGCAGAUCCAGUUCAUCAAGCUCUUCGGCAUGGCCAAGAUCGACAACCUGCUGCAGGAGAUGCUGCUGGGAGGGUCCUCCAGUGAAGCACCUCAUGCCCACCACCCCCUGCACCCUCACCUGAUGCAGGAACACAUGGGCACCAACGUCAUUGUUGCCAACACGAUGCCUGCUCACCUCAGCAACGGACAGAUGUCCACCCCUGAGACUCCGCAGCCUUCGCCCCCCGGUGGUUCAGGGUCCGAGCCCUACAAGCUUCUGCCUGGAGCCAUCGCCACCAUCGUCAAGCCCCCCUCUGCCAUCCCGCAGCCGACCAUCACCAAGCAGGAAGUCAUCUAG